AUGUUUGAACGUUCACUUUCGUUGUUCGGCGACAUGUGUCCGGUUCCUGAAUUGCUACCGAUGUAUGUUGUUCAGAAAUACCAGCAACAACACGGUGAUUGUGUGAAAUGCCUGAAUCCAAGAGAGCUGUACAGUAGGCGGCUGUCCACCGCAGCGACCGUACUGCAAAGAGCGUCGGAAACGGUGCGAUCGAACUUUUUGGACGCGGCCGAUUUUCAGGCCAUUUACGCUCUUAUAGCCACAUGGGAUAGAGUCGGCUACUACGACGCCCAUCACGAUAAGGUUCCGUCGCUGUUCGUCAUGCCAAUCACAUACCAGACCGGUUUUUCUGCCCCCGGCCGGCGACUCGUUCGUUUCACUGGCACUGCCCUUAGUACUAAAUACUCUCCCGCGGUGGCAGGCUGUAGAAGCCAUCGUCACAUCGGCGACCCAGUAAUUUCGGUUCGGUUCCCGCCCGAUAAGCCAGCCACCCUGCUUUAUCACACACUUUAA